AUGAUUUUUUUAAUUUUCUGGAUAUUAUUACAAGUGGUUUUUUGCGAACAACUGGCAUCUGUGUUAUCAAACGAUUACAGCACAGAAGAGAGGAAAUUUUUACUUUACGAUGUUAAUUAUGGAGAGGGUUUCAAUCUUAGACGCGAUGUGUAUAUGAGAGUAGCUAAUACGGUACGUUUAUUGAGAAAUAAUGGUCACAAUUAUAUAUUGGUGCUCCCAGCAUGGGGUGGCCUGUAUCACUGGAAGAAACGGUCAAACAAAUUACCGUGGUCAACUUUCUUUGACAUAAACAGUUUAAACGAUUUCGUUCCGGUUAUUGAAUUCCAGGACUUUCUUCAAGAGAUUAACCACGACGGUAUCGACGAAGUUGCAUAUCUUCAGGCUUAUGCAGAAGGGUGGACUUCCGGAAACUAUGAGAUAAAGUUUGACAGAAGGCCAUGUAUUCAGGGCCACCAGUAUUAUAGAUUAGAGGAUGGAAAAUGGCGAAGCUGGUUUUUUUCGUAUGAAUAUGUUUGGGCUAAGAACUUUUCUUGCAUAUCGAUCCAAGGAGAUUCAAAUACGCUGACCAAAAUGAUCGAAAGUUAUUAUCCCGACGCUCCUACUUUAUUUGUUGAUAGGGCAGAACAAAUUCUUCAUAGUGUUUUUGGUGACAAAUAUUACUGGGAAGCAAGAAGAUCUAUGCGAUAUGCACCGCAUUUGGUAAAAAUUGGCGACAAAUUUAGGAAAGAGAAAUUAGGCUCAUCUGAUUCCCAUGAUCGAACAGUGCUAACAGGGCCAUGGAGAGACGUAAAGAAACAUCAUGGAGAAGCUUUGGGUGGCGAUUUCUUAUGUGUUCAUUGGAGGAGGCAAGACUUUGUUCACCAUCACAGUUCGAUCAUCCCUUCAGUAAAGGGUGCAGCAGAACAGAUUUUGAAAAUUCUGCGAGCAUAUAAUUUGACACAAUUAUUCUUGAGUACAGACGCUGCAACUGAAGAGGUUGAGCUUUUAAAAAGCCAUUUAUCAUCCGAUGUGAGCGUUGAAAGGUAUGAGCCGGAAGAAGAGCUCACAGAUGGAGAAGUGUCAGUUAUUGACCAAUGGGUAUGUGCACAUGCUCGUGUUUUUACUGGAACUCACUCUUCUACGUUUUCGUAUCGCAUACAAGAAGAUAGAGAAAUCCUAGGAUUUCUCCCCAAAACGACAUUUAAUAAUCUUUGCCCGGACGACAAUGACCAGUGUGAGCAGCCUUCAGAAUGGAAGAUAACUUAUGAGAAUGCUAAUUUUUAG